AUGGAUUUCCUACCAGGAACCCCAAAUGCCUCCAAUAAGUUCUUAUCUCUCCCGCCAGAACUGCACGCACAUAUCUUCGAAUAUUUGGGCUUUCCUCCAGUCUCAAUGGACAUACCACCUGAAUACGAAGCUUGGGCCGCACUGGAGCGCACAUGUCGUCUGGCACAGGGGAUCACCGAGCCGUAUUUGUACCACAAGAUCUACACCAAUGUUAGAACCCACGGCAGGUCUAGAGACACUCCUUGGAAGACCGACCCGGAGAAGCAAAAGAGUUGUAGUGAGGCGUUUGGUACAGCACAGCUGGUCGAUCUCCUAGAGAGACGCCCGAACUUGCAGAAGUUGGUUCAUUACCUGGUCAUAGAUGAGUACGAUCCCUUGCAGUUCAGGAGGUUGCUGCGCCUACGACUGGAAAGCCUGGAGUCUAUCAUAUGCCAGCACGAAGGGGAUGUCACACCAGUGCUUUCGAGUUCUCUAGAUGAUCCAGAUGCGUUGGUGGAAAGUCAGGGCAAGUUAACGAAUUUCGUGCUCAGCAUACAACGAGAUACUUCGGCCACGUCCCUUCUUCAGACUCUUGCCCUAUCCGAUGCUCCUCUGAUGCGGCAUCCAGCUACCACACGCAUUCGUCUGUCCUACCUGGAUAUCACUUGUUUCGAAAACCUGGAACCUGACUACUUCACUCACACGCAGCUCAGUGAGCUUAACCUCGAACAAUGCAAGUAUUCUCUGCCAGUACUAGGCCGCUUUAUACAGCCAUCAGCAAACCUCACAAAACUCUAUCUCCACUUCGACAGUCCAGCCCCUUUCACGGCCGAAGAGGAACUCGCUCUCAUCCCAAUGAUACAAUCAGUCGCUAGCAAGACUCUAAAGAUCCUUAAAUUCGUCUGGAGAGACACGCACCCCAAAUCGAAAGACUGGCCAGGCUGGGACUUUACGAAAUUCGAAGCUUUGAGAUAUCUUCACGUCUCGCCGUAUCUCCUGUUCCCGAACAAAGAGAACAAAGAGAUUCCACCGAUGCAUGAUCUUCUUGCCCGCACACUCCCACCGCGCCUCAAGCUACUAGGCCUGGAGGGCAUAAUUCCUAUCGACCACCCCGGUCGACGUCUCGGACUUGGACUCUCACUAAGCCAGGAAGACACGGACCUGCUAGAAGGCUUGGUUAACUUCAAAGCUGAAGGUAAUGUGCCUUCGUUCAGGCACUUGUUGGUGUUCUACGCUGAGGGGCUGGCUGGAAUACCUCAGGAAUUGGUCAGCAAGGCGGCUAAGCAGGAUGUUAGUCUGGGGUUUCUGCAGUCCGAAGAUCAUGAGCAUCUGGACUCUCUGGAUAUGGAGUGGUUGGAUGGGGAGAAUGUUCACGGUGGCGAGGAGAGUGAGGAAGAUGAGGAUGAAGAUGAAUGGGAAGACGACAAUGAAGAUGAGUGGGAAGAUGACGAGGAUGAUGACAACGGCGAAGAAGACGAAGAACAAGACAGGGAUGCUUCGGACGAGGACAUGGAGGUUCAGCACGAAUGA